UCUUUCACAGACUCCCCUGAAUUUUCCUCUGAGCUGCAUCAAACCUUUUAAACGUAGGAUGGAUGUAAAGCUGCUGGUCGUCGUGGCUGCGCUCACGGUGGCGACAUACGCGCCUCAAUCCCAAGCGAAGCCCAUCAGCCUGGUGGAGAGAUGCUACUGCCGUUCAGCCGUCAACAGCCUGCCUCGAGGCUACAUUCGAGAGCUCCGGUUCAUCCAUACACCCACCUGCCCCUUCCAAGUGAUUGCCAAACUGAAGACCAACAAAGAGGUGUGUGUUAAUCCAGAGAUCCGAUGGCUGCAGCAGUACCUGAAGAAUGCUGUCAACAAGUUGAAGAAAUCCAAACAGGCCAACUGAAAAGUUUGCAGAGAUCUUCUUGAAGUGUGGCUUUUGAUGGGGCCAUUAUCACUGAUAUGUAACAGAUGAUAUGUGAUCAUCUGGUAUGUUGUACAGCACUUAUCCUGGCUGUGAGGCCACAGCCUUUGCUUGGAAUGAACUUUCAGCUCACCACCAUGGCCACCGGUCUACCAACUCCUGUCACCGCCGCCUUCGCCGACACCAUUCGCACUACUUAUAGAGAUGCUGCUUGUGCAAAGACCAUUCAUAUCUGUGUAUCUGAUUGACUUUCUAGCUAUAAUGCCUAUACUUUUUUUUUUUAGAAAUUCAUCUAUUUUUGGAACAUUCCAAACCCCCAGAUGUCUGUUAUUUAGGAACAACCCCUGGUUUUUAUAACUAAUCCUGAUCACAGGAUCUGCUUAUCAUUAUUAUAUCUUGUUAUAAAUGUAAUCCACAGUUUUCCAAGCUCCAUUGAAUGUUUCAGUUUAAUUGGCACCAUGGAAUUUCUACAGGCAGGAGUUACGCCCAGACUGAACACAAGAUCUAUACAACAUCUUAGUAAAAACUGCAAUUACAAUGUUUUGUAGGAUCCCAAAAAGCUCAAGUAUUUCCUGGGCUGUUCUGUGGCAACGAUUAUGUUAUGUUUCAGCUUUUUUUUUUUUCUUUAUCAAGAAUAUCUGAACAUCUGGAUCCCAACCAUUUUUGAUUAAGAGAACAAUACCAAGAAAUGCGCUGGGAUUGUAAACUUGCAUCAGUUUACUUGUGCCACUGGUGAGAAUAAAGUGAGACUGUCACCAGAAACAAUUAGUGCUCUGAAUAAAAUGGUAUUAAAAAGAUUAGUUAAUGUGUUGGGGGCUUUCUGAAGGAAAAAUUGGAAUACAGCCUACUGCUUAAUAUCAAUGUUCGUUUCAAAUAACAAUGUAGAGUAAUUAAAAAAAAAAAACACUCACAUAGUUGUUAAAAUACUAAAUGUUGCCAGGCAAUAGUAAAACAGUGGUACUAGUAGUGUUAGUGAAAGUAGUAGUACCAUCUGACAAGAAAUACAGUUGUUCAUAAACCUGACUACCUACAACUGUCAUGCAAAUAACAAUGCACUUUAUAUCUGAUGUAUUCAUAUUUUAUCAUUAACUGAGUUAACUUGUUAUUCUACCUACUCACUAAGUCUGAUCAUUCAUUUCUGUAUUUUUCCUUUAUUUUGUUUAUAAAACUAUUUUAAUAUUGCUCUCUUUGGGCAUCGAAAUGUGUAGCAGCAUUUAACUGUUAAAACAUGAGCGAUGUUUUCUUUAUUUGUAUGAAUCUCUUAUUCAUAUGUAAUAUUGAUAUAAAAAUAUUUUAUUUUUGUACUCGUUAAUGCAUUUAUAUAUGAUAUUGAAUUCAGACAUUUAAGUGAAGGAACUGUAAUCACAAAUGAGCCAUUCAGCAAACAUUUUUAUUGUAAAACUUGUAUGCAGUCA